GGCUUGGCAUGCAUGGGAGCUGCUUCCGCCUGACGGGAUGACGACGCGAGCGUGUUGUCCAUCUCUUCUCCAUCGCUCCAUCACCACACCGACUUCUACCAUCUGAUUUAAACAUAAAAGAGAGUUAUCGCGACCGUUGCCUACGAGGUCAGAAAGUCAUCGAUUAUCCUCGAUUUAUUUCCGAGUUUAACCCAUUGUUCCAUCUACCGAGCCUUCACCAUGGAGUCCUUCCUGCAGGGGGACGUCUGCCAGGACCUCCGCGAGAUAAGUGUCGUCAACCUAAUAGUUUCCAUUGUCCUUGUCAUUGGCAUGCUCAUCAGCUACCUGCCACAACAUGCUCGCAUCAUCUCAAGAGGCACAUCGGAAGGGAUAUCGCCCUACUUCGUUCUGCUGGGGACAACAUCGGCAACUUCUGCGUUUGCCAACAUCCUCCUGUUGCCCAAGUCUCGCCAGGAUAUCGCUUGCUGCAAAGAGAUUGAGACUUUCCACUGCGUAGCUGGCCUACUCGGUAUCGCGCAACUGGGAGUUCAAUGGUUAUGCUUUACGUUUAUUUUUGUUCUCUUUUUGGUUUUCUUCCGAUACAACCCCGUCGAGGACCCAGACAACGAGGCGGCGCUUGUCGAAGAACAGCCUAGGUGGCAGACGGCUCUACUGGUGGCAUCUCUCACCCUGCUGCACGGCCUGGCAGUCAUUGUCGUCACGGGUAUUCUGAGCACCAUCGCCCACGACAAGCUCGCCAUCUGGGCAAACGUGCUCGGCGUCAUGGCCGCUCUUCUCGCCGCUGUCCAGUACAUCCCUCAGAUCUGGACCACCUACCACCUCAAGCACGUCGGCAGCCUGAGCAUCCCAAUGAUGUGCAUCCAGACCCCGGGCGGAUUCGUCUUCGCAGGCAGCCUGUUUGCGCGGCUAGGUUGGGCUGGAUGGAGCUCAUGGGGCAUUUUUGUGUUGACCGCGACGAUGCAAGGCUUGCUGCUUUACAUGGCCAUCUACUACGAGAUCCAGGCGCGCAAGGAGCUGUCUAAGACGCCGCUCGGGACCCAGACGCCUUCGCAUCUGUAUGCUAAUGGCUUCGAUGACGACACGCCUGGUCGGUUCACCUCGCAUCCUGAACACUAUGCGAAUAGCCAGGAACAGUUGCAGGCUAUUAUGGACCGGCAGGAUAGUGAUGCUGCUGCUGAGACUACCCCAUUGCUCAAGUCAGGCGGGAUUGGUAACUCGGGCUCGAAUUAGGAUGGAACCCAGCCUUGAUUUAGUCGGUGGGCGAUGAAGACUUUGACGAAUGCGUCGGAGCCAUGAUUCUGUCAGGGACCCAUUCCUUGUUUCUUCACGUCGGUUUCACUCAUGUGCAUAAAGGCGUUGACUGCUCGGGACAGACGGAUGGAGCUGUUUUGUUGGUAAUUCACUUUAGCGUUCGAGCUUGAUGAUUGUUUGAUAUAUGAAGAUAUACCCAUGAAUGCCCCGUGGACCUCCAUUCACACUCUCACUGGUAUGUAGCUUUACACAUCACUGUGGCUGACCACCCCGAUGUAUGGUUCUCGGUAUGGGGUGAGUAUAUGCUUCCAUUCAUUACAAAGAGGGCAGUGUAGCGUGAUGUCUGAGUUCGACGCCUGUCCCAAC